AUGCGUCAUAAUGUUUUGGUGCAUCUCCAGUCUGAUCUUAAAUGCAUAAACACAGGUCGAGAGUACAACGUUUUCGGGAAGGGAGUUCUACGCUGCAACUACGCUGUUGCUGAAAACGAAGUUUCGUCCAUUGAUCCUUGCUUUGCCGGCGCGUUGUUUAAGGGGAUGCCCGUGCAAAGUUGGCUUAUUAGGCUGGGUAAAGAAAUCGACGGGGGCAAAGCAACAAUGCAGAUUAUUCCUAAUACGGAGGAUCAGAGCGGCGAAACGUGCGAGACAAGAAUAAAUGAAAACCUCCGCACAAACCAACUCCUGCAUCUUCGUGAAGCCGUAGAUGCAGACCAUGUGAAGACGCGUGGCAGACGCACGGCGACAGAUGAGAGCGGCGGAAAGUGCGAGGCGAGGCCGAACAAAAGCCUGCGCGCAAAGCAACUGCUGAAUCUUAGUACACCCGCAGACGCAGAAGGUCUGUGGGCUCGUGCUAGCGAACUGCACGAAACAGGAGCGGAUGUACUGCUGACCUACCCGACAGAGACGAAAUAUACGGCGGAGGCGAAUGGAGGAAGGCGUACCGAGGCAGAACGAAGGUCUAUGUAUACCGAGGAGCCGCCUUUUAACGAGGAUGUGCAGCGAUAUAUCGUCCCAGCAGCGCAAACAAUUAGGACGGUAUCAUUGGCAACAGACGCAGUAAAGGAAGCCCUGAGACAACUACAGCCCACUAAGUCGCCUGGUCCGGAUGGCUUAUCAGCGAAACUUCUGAAAGAGCUCGCAGAACAACUGACUUCCCAACUUUCCAAGAUUUUCGAAAGUUCGAUGGAGAAGGAGGCUCUGCCUACUGACUGGAAGCUGACCAACAUAAUCCCUAUUUAUAAAGGACGAGAGACAACGUAG